UCGGAGCACCAGGGAGAGAGAGAGAGCGCGCGCGCGCGAGAGAGAGAGACGGACAGGAGGAAGCAGAAGGAACCGUACAAUUACGCGGACGUUUCUGCGGCUUUACAGUGAGCGUUAAACAAGAGGGAAACACGGGUUCAUUGUUCAGGAGACGCAGUAAAGCGGACAAGAAGAGGCAGAGUGAGCGAGAGAGAGAUAGAGAGAGAGAGAGAGAGAGAGAGGGGGGCAGGCGGCUCUCUCUGAAACUUCAAGCCAGAAUUUCGCUCGUUAACUGCCGGAGGACGAGAAAGACGGAGGCAAGAGCCCUGCGAGCCGUCCGCGUCCAGGGUCCCGCUGUGAAAAGCUUGAGCGUUGCAAGAAAGCUGCUUCAAAUGAACGCGAGCGAAAAGUUUUGGCGCCGUGGCAGUCGGUAAAUGUUGUGACAUUUUCGCACGGCGCAAAUCGCUCCCAACGGUCGAGCGGCGGAGGUAGAGGGGGGAAGAGGAGGAGGAGGAGGUGGUGGUGGGGGGGUGUGAGGACCCGAGCUGUCAAACCCGAUGACUACUGCAAACUGCCCCGGGAAUGAGGAGCUGGACUUCAGACUGAUUUUCGGAGAGGACGGGCAGCAGCAGCCUUUAGGCCCCACAGAUCUGGAGCCUGAUGACAACACAUCAUUCUACAUCCUAAAUGUGGGGCAGUCCCAGUCUAUGAUAACUAACCACCAGUCAAUUGGCCUGCCUCGUCAUGGCAUGCACUCCCACCCUCAGGUCAUCAGCACUUCACCACGCCUUCCAUCACACAAAACAGGAUCUGAGCUUCUAAGCUAUGAGGCACAGGGCUCUAAGUAUGGCACCUCACCGCUGCUGCCCUCCGCUCCUUUGGAGGCACCAAAAGCCUUUGAGUGCCCCAGUAUCCAGAUCACCUCUAUCUCCCCUAGUUGCCAGCAGGAGAUAGAUGCCAGUGAGGGGGAGCUGACGGCCAAUGGGCCUGAUAGGGAUUACCAUGGUGACAGGCCCUUGUCCAGAGACCACCUGUACUUGCCACUGGACCACUCAUACAGGGACACUUCGCUUAGUCCUAGCCCUUGUAGCAGCCUUUCCUCUAGGAGCUGGUUUUCUGAUGCCUCGUCUUGUGAAUCGUUUUCACACGUCUAUGAUGAUGUUGAAUCAGAGCUGAAUGAAGCAGCUGCGAGGUUUAGUCUGGGCUCCCCUUUGACUUCUCCAGUGUGUACGUCCCCGCAGGCUGUUGGUGGAGUUCUGGAGGAGCAGUCGCCAUGGCAGCACCAUCAUGCCCCCUUUGUACACCACUCUCACUCCACCCUUUCUCCUCGACAGUCCCCCUGUCAUUCACCACGCAACAGCGUCACAGAUGAAAAUUGGCUUAGCCCACGGUCUCCGUCCAGGCCCUCCUCACGACCAACCUCACCCUGUGGGAAAAGGCGACACUCCAGUGCCGACAUUUGCUAUCCUGGUUCCCUAUCUCCUCAUCACUCACCUACAGCCACGCCAGGACCUUCCCCCAGGGGGAGUGUGACAGAGGACACAUGGGCCGGGAGUCCCACUGUCGGCAUGUCACCUUUUCAGUGCUGCCCGUCUGAGACGGACAUCCCAUCAAAGACGAGGAAGACCUCACAAGAUAGAACAUCUCUGCAGACAGGAGAGCUGACAAUAGAUGACCAAGAAAAUCUGUCUUCUAACCUGGAUUCUCCUUCAGACGAGGGCCUGCACAGUCUGAAGAAAGAUGGGCCUGCAGAACAGUUCCUCUCAGUGCCCUCACACUUCUCAUGGAAUAAACCCAAGCCUGGUCAUACACCUAUAUUCAGGACAACCUCCCUGCCUCCAUUAGACUGGCCAUUGCCAAGCCAAUUUGGCCAGUAUGAGCUGAAGAUAGAGGUGCAACCCAAAGCCCACCACCGUGCACACUAUGAGACUGAAGGCAGCCGAGGAGCUGUCAAAGCAGCAUCUGGUGGCCAUCCUAUUGUCAAGCUCACUGGCUACAGCGAGAAGCCCGUGAACCUGCAGAUGUUCAUUGGAACGGCAGAUGACCGCUACUUGAGGCCGCACGCCUUUUACCAGGUGCACCGGAUCACUGGGAAAACUGUAGCAACGGCCAGCCAAGAAAUCCUGGUUUCCAGCACCAAAGUUCUUGAAAUCCCUCUGCUUCCUGAAAACAACAUGUCAGCCAGUAUUGACUGUGCUGGCAUACUGAAGCUGCGUAACUCAGACAUCGAGCUACGGAAGGGGGAGACGGAUAUAGGACGAAAGAACACACGGGUCCGCGUGGUGUUCCGAGUGCACAUCCCUCAACCCAAUGGGAAGGUGUUGUCCCUGCAAGCCGCCUCCAUUCCUGUGGAGUGCUCUUCUGUCCAACUUUCUGGAUCUCUCCCAGCCCAGCGUUCAGCUCAGGAGCUGCCGCAGGUUGAGAAGUCCAGCCUCACCAGCUGUCUGGUCAGUGGGGGUGAGGAGAUGGUGAUCACUGGUUCCAACUUCUUCCCAGAGUCCAAGGUUAUCUUCCUGGAGAAAGGUCCUGAUGGACGACCACAAUGGGAAGUUGAAGCAAAAAUUAUUCGUGAGAAAACCCAAGGCUCAUGCAUUGUCGUGGAAAUCCCUCCGUACCACAGUAAGACUGUGACUUCAGCGGUGCAGGUCCAGUUUUAUGUCUGCAAUGGAAAACGGAAAAGGAGCCAAUCACAGCGCUUUACCUAUCUCUCAGUGAUGGUGAAACGGGAGCACAGAGACGAGCUGGACCUUACUGCUGUACCUCCCAUUUCCAUGCCCCUGACACAUGCUCCCAGUCUGGUGCACCCUCAGCUGCCUUCUCCUGAGCAGGGCCACCCAUCGGACAACCUUCUGUCCAGCUCUCUUCACAGCCUGGCCGCGGGCGCCGGACCUGGCCUGCUACCUCUGCCGGGCCCUUCCCUGAGCUCCCCGCCUUUCCAGCACCUGCCUCACCUCCAGGGUCACAGUUUGCACCACCCCCCUACAGACUGCCACAUGACGUUCCACCAGAGCUCAGCUCCAGCUCCCUCCCUUCCCACUUAUCAGCCUUUGCAACACAGCCACAGUCCAAGUCAUAGCAUGUCCUUCAACGGCCAGCCCAGCCUUUCCUCUCAGAGCUAUGAGAGGAUGCCCUUUCAGCAGAGCCCCACUGCAGCGUCACACCCAAUAGGCCUGGGAAUAGUUUACUCUUCUGGUUGCUCCUCGCCGUCUGCUCUUUCCUCCUCACCUACCAAUCCAAUUGUCGGAUCCCCUCAGAACCAUCAGCCUAUGGUAUCUCCCUCGUCCCCACACCUCCACACACUCGGAGGCUUCCACUGCUCUCCAAAUCCUAACCAGGUCCCAUCUCAUGGAGGGCAUCCCAUUACUGGGCAGCACUCCUCGCAGCUGCAGAGAGGUCUGAGCUACCACCCAGUAAGCCAAAGGUCAGCGUCCUGUCCCACAUCUUCCUCUGCUCCCCCCCAACGGAUGAUCCCUUCUCCUCAUUCUGGACCUUCUUCUCCUCAAGUCCACCCGCUGCCCUACCAGUCUCCCACGUCAUCCUCCCCCACUUCAGGUGGCAGUCCUCUGGGGCCCCUGCAGCAGCAUUCAGGACAGCCAUCUCCACAGGCCACAAGUCCUGUUAUGACCAGCCUGUCCCCUGCAGCUGUGGGGCCACUGGUUCAUCCCCUAAGUCCUCAUGUGCCGUUUCCUUCUGAAGAUGAGAGGCCCCAUAUUAAGCAGGAGCCAGAGGACCGGGAGCCGACCUUCCGCUCCAUCGGCCUACAGGAUAUCACGCUGGAUGAUGUGAAUGAGAUCAUCGGCAGAGACAUGUCCCAGUCCCCCAGUGCUCAUGGCCCUCCGUCGGCACACAACCACUCGUAGCUCAGCUCUGAAACCGUCACGCAGCAUCACCUCCAGCUCCUAAAGCCUGCAAACCGCCAGAGCCACAGCCAGAACGCCCUGGCCCAGUUACGGUGACCCGUCCUGGUCGGAAGAAGAUCGAAGACCCGCGGCGAAAGGCAAAGUGACAUUUCUCUGAUUUCAUGUCAACCGUAUGUCUCGGAGAUCUAAGAGACGAAGAUGGACUUCACACAGACGUAGAGCAGGAACAUGCUGGAGACAGAGCGGACGUGCAGAUAGGGAGCCGAGCUCUUUGCUUUUCACAGCAGGCUCGUGUUUGAACGUCCGCUCAUUCACAUGCUCCGCUGUCUUCCUGCCUAUCAGCUCCAAUCUCUGUGAGCCUCUCGUUUCCAGAGACGUUUUCUGGUUUUCAGACCCUCCCACCAGCACCGAGCUGUGAGUUAAAGACGCAGCUCGCAGCUUUUGUUGCAGGUAUUCCUGGCUGUGUAAACUACUUCUUCACACGGUUGCUUUCCGAAAACCUUCACCCGAGCAAUCGCAGACACUUGCUAACAUCCAGUAAAGAAAAAACAGAAUUGAGACUUGGCUUGCCAUAGAAUCACAUUAACUAAUUCAAAUCAAACUUUUCUUUUUUUUUUUUUUUUCGUUAUUAUAAGUCAUGUUUCUGCCUAGACGAUAGACGUGGGCAGGUGUUGGGAGUUCAGCAGCCUGUUUUCCUUCUGCAAAACGCGACAUUCCACAAACUUGCAGCUGUGUAGUUACCUGUACAUUAACACACCCCCAUUUCUGUCGUUAGAGUUCUCCGUUUCCCCUUUGCUUCUUGGAACAAAUGCCUUAUUAAUGCUUAGGAGCUCUGAACUGUAGCACAAAAGCUUUCGUUGUGUUUUCACAGCAGACUUUAAAGAGUGAAGAUUCCAUCUUUCUUCAAGAAACAGUCGUGCUUCUCUUGGGUUAUGAAUUCACAGUAAGAUUAUUUAAUUAGGGUUUUAUUUGACAAUUCAUAGGAGGGUUGUUUUUUUUUUUUUUGUCCUAAGAGACAGAGCUCUCUGCCACUAAAACGAUGUUUUCUCCCCUGGAAUGUGCCUUUGAUUUCCUAACACACACCAUGCUUUCAUAUGACGAUGGAAAACGUUCUGACAAGAAGUAUUUUAUACAUAAAGAUGUCUAUACAUUGUAUUUAUGUAGCGUCCUCGUUUGUAAAGAACAGUAUAUAAAAUCCGACAAUCCAGAGAGCAAAGUCUGGACGUUUUGGGGUCUUCCAAACCUUUCUGCUCGCAACAAUCAAAUGUUUGCCGUCCACAAUCACGGAGUUCUCCUAAACUGUUUCCAGAACGGCUCUUAUGCACGAUGAUUUGUUCCUGCGUUUCCCCCCCUCCCCCCGACUCGCGUAAAUAUGCAGAGCUUUUACGGCAGCACUAAGUCAUACUCCAACUAGAUGCUGGUUUGAUGAUUUCCACUGACUUUUAUUUUUGCCUUAAGAUUGAUGGUGGUUUGAAGUCAGUUUCCAGGUGAAAAUGAUUCUGCUAUGCAUUGAUAUUCUGCUUAAUGCCUUUAAAAAUAAUUUUAAAAAGACAAAAAAAAAAAAAAAAUAUGACCUUGUUGCCUCUAGAAGUAGAUUGUAGACUUGUAGAUGCUUGAAUGGAGGACACCGCAUAAGCAUCUUAAUUCAGUUGUGUGUGAGGAUGGAUGGUAGCUGUUUGAACCAAAUUUCUUGUAUAUAAAAGAGAACUUUCCAACAACAGAAGCACACACGUUUAGGCUAUGCAAACUGUAACGGCAGCAAAUGUGAGACAAGACGUUAAAUAUGAGGUAAAGUUCCUGUAAAAAAAAAUCGCUUUUGGACUUCUGAGAGAAAAAAAAAAAACUCUCAGAGGAAUGUUAUCAUGUCAUGUUGAACUUUUAGGAUGCCUUAACUGCUGUUUGUAAAGCAGUUUGUCUGAAUGCUUUUCUGAGUUUAUCCUUUCCUCCACCCCCCAAAAUAAGACGGUCAAUAAGCGUAGUUAUGGUCGUACAUUUAAGGGCCACAGGGUCAACUUAAAGGGUUGGGUGAGAGAACGGAGAGGGAUGUUUGCAUUAAAGUCAAUUCUGCAGCUUGAGAGACUUGAAUCCACAACAAGAGAAGAAACAAAACCAGCAUCGACAAUAAACUCAGAACUCUG